AUGCUUUCGACUUCUUCUGCUAGUUUUGCGAAUGGGAAUGGAGAAGAUAUCUCUAUUGUUGAAGAUUCAAAUACAAAGAAAGUUCGUUUUAAGGACACGGAUACGGCUUUGGAGGACAUGAUAGUGGAUGUGAAGAAGUCUAUUGCAGAUGGUGUGCCCUCUAUAGACUUCUCUGAUAAAGUGUACCAAAUCUUGGAGAAGGAAAUGUCUACUUUGAUUAUUCUCAAGAUACUGGGCAGGAAUAUUGGAAUUUCAACAUUACAAAAUAAACUCUAUGGGAUUUGGAGACCGUUGAAACCAUUUCAAUUAAUGAACAUUGAAAACGGUUAUUUCCUUGCAAAAUUUCAGAAUUCCAUUGAUUAUGACAAGGUACUCUCUCAGGGGCCGUGGGUUAUAUUCGACUAUUAUCUUACUGUCCAGCCAUGGUCGAUUGACUUUAACUCCAAUCUUCAUUAUCCUAACUUGAUCCAAACUUGGAUUCGUUUCCCCAGACCUCCUAGUCACAUGUAUAAAAGACAGAUUCUCAUGGAAAUUGGGAGUCUGAUUGGCAAGAUUACAAAGCUGGAUAUCAACACGGAUAGUAGGGCAAGGGGACGAUACGCUCGUAUAGUAGUGUUUGUUAAUUUGGGGAGGCCUCUGAUCUCUAAGAUUCUCAUCAAUGGUAACCCGCAAAGAAUAGAAUAUGAAAAUUUACCUGUUGUGUGUUUUAAGUGUGGUCGUUAUGGUCAUACUGAUGAAGCAUGCUCGUUGACUAUUUCGUCUAUAGGGGUGGUCGAGAAUGAGGUCUUAUCGGAGCAGGCUACUGUAGCGACUACGGCAAUCAGAGAAGGAGAAUACGGGGCCUUGAAUGUUGGUGGAGCAGAAAUCUAG